AUGACGCAGGAGCGUAUUUUUACAAAAAGUAUUCAACUUUCGUGGUUAACGGUAUUAACACGAGACCUACCGGAUUUCAAUGAUCCGACGAAGGGUUUUAUACCACGUGGUAAAUAUACGUUGACUUCACGCCUGUUUGUACUGGAACAACUGAAAAAUGAAUUGGAUAAACAACUAGCUGCAGCGAAGAUUAUCAGCAAGAGUAAAAAUUUUGCUUCAACUGCGUCACCUUAUCGAAGGGAUGAACAACACGCGGGCAACGACGAUGAUGACGAUGACUUCGAUUAUGAAAAUCCAACAGAUAUGAUGAACCUUCAUGAAGAUCUAAAAGAUAAUCCAAACGAGUGUGCCUUCUUAUCAUCAAAGCAAACGACAUGUUUGACCAAUGCUCAGGCAUAUUCUCUAUUAAAAAAUCAAACAGAUCUCCUGAGAAUAUCGAAAACAAUCAAAAAGAAACUUCACAAACCAAAUGAACAUGUGUGCACUUCAAUCGACUUGAAUCGUCAUUAUGAGGUGUACUUCGAAGCGAGUGAUAAAUCAUCACCGAAUUUAUUAACACUUCCUAAUCUAUUAUCAUUAUGUCGAAAACAGACCGAACUGAUCGAAUUAUUUCAAGUUCAUUCAACGUGCCAUUACACAUUACCAGAAAUGGUCGCUUAUUUUGCCAAUAAAUUGGAUUGUAGUCGAAUAACUGAAAGAGAUAUUCACUCAUUUAUCAACCGCCUUCAACGUUGCCAUCAAAUCUAUGAUGCAGGCUUGGUUCGUUUAGCGGGCUUGAAUCGUUACCGAAAGAAACCGUUAGAGUUGUUUCAAUAUGAUUCGUGUUUUUACAAUAAUUUUACUUUUCUAUCAUUGGAAUAUUUACUGGACAAGUCGUUUCUAACGACCAAUCAAACAUCGCACACAGGUAUGUGGUUUUUAAGACCAACUGUGCCGAUGAGAGAUGCGAAUGGCAGUGAAGUUCAUACAUCUGAUACGGCCUAUGAUAUAUUUGUUGAACAUUUUCAACAAAAUCCCAAAUUCGACGACGGACAAACACGAAUAGCAGGAUUGAAUUUCUUGGAUAUUCGUAUACCGGCGGCGAUGAAACAAAUUCGUAAUGACAUGUUUUUUGUGAUCCUAGCUAUUACGCUAAUUGUUGCAGUAACAGUUAUCUAUCUUCGUUCAAUAACCGUUGCAUUAAUGACAAAUGUUUGUGUAGUUCUUUCCUGUGCAUGUGCGUAUUUUGCAUAUAAGAUCAUUUUCGGCAUUGAUCUUUUUCCAUAUAUUAAUUUAAUGUCAUCGUUCAUAUUGAUUGGUAUAUCAUGCGAUAAUGUGUUCGUUAUUUUUGACGCGUGGUAUUCAGAAAAAUUAGAUAUUUACAAUGAAGCACGUUUACAGAAUCGUCAAAUUGAAUUCUAUGGUAAAUUGACUGAGAAACAGGAAAAACAAUAUCGUCGCGAUCGGGAAUAUACAUCAUCGAUUAUUCGGCGACGCCUAACAUCAAAAAAUGAUCCAGACCAGCCGCCAUUGCAAGAAGGCGAAGAGGAAGAACAUUUUGAUUUGAUUAAAAAUACGGAUUUGGUUCGGAUUAUGAAAGUGAACGAAGAUCAAAUGAUUCAAAUGAUGGAAGGUGUUCUCAGACACGCGGCAGCAAGCGUGUUCGUUACAAGUUUCACAACAUCAGCCGCUUUUUUUACCAAUAUGAUAUCCCGUAUUGCUUAUGUACAGUUAUUUGGUUUAUUUAUGGGUCUUUGUAUAUUAUUCAAUUUUCUUAUGAACAUAACAAUGAUUGUGUCGUUUGUAAUAAUUUAUGAAAAGUUUUGUGAGCCCUUAUCUGCCCGUCUUGGUAUAUUCAAUCACUUUCCAGAUUUGUUCGAUAAUAUCAUGUUAUCGUUAACUCGCCUCAACCAUGCGAUUUUCACUGUGUAUAUUCCAAAAUGGAUAAUUAAACUUCGUUAUUUUUUGAUAGUCAUUUUCUUUAUAUUUGGUAUGAUUGGUUUAUUCGUUGUCUUCCAUCAUCCGAAAUUGUCUCCGCCAAAAUCUCGUCGAUAUCAAUUCUUCCAGCUAACACAUCCAUUUGAACGCUUCGAAUAUCAGAUGCGUGAUCAAUUCUUAUCUUACAUUAACGAAGAUAUAGACAAUGUGACAAAUCCAUUGUUGAUCUUUACAUUUGGAGUCGAAGAAACGGAUUUAGUUCAUCCGUUUUAUCCUGAUAAACAAAGAUAUGUUAACAACAAAACGAUAGUUUUCAACGAUAAGUUUGAUUUUUACGAUCCAAAGACGCUGCGAUGGCUUGAUACAUUUCUAAGAGAUCUCAAUCAAAGUGAUUUGUUUACUAACGUUCAAGAAACCUAUGCACAGUGGUUAACGAUUGGUGAACUUUUACGUGGAUUCCUGACAACAGGCGUUCACAAAUAUUCUUCAUCUGACGAUCAAAAGUUUUUCGUUCCACCAACUCGAAAUGCGACAAAAGUCGCUUUGAAUCGAUUAUUCAAAUUCUUCAGCGAAUCGAAUCAACUGGCAGCGGCUGGUGACAGCAAUCGUGGUAGCGAAAAUUUUCGUCUCGGAUUUUUACCUGAUGCUGAAACACGUCACUUACGUGCCUUUCUAUUCAUGGUCAACAUGAACGUGACAUUUAACUCCUUCUCUGCUCAACAUACAUACUAUCAAAAGUUACACGAUUAUUUCGAUCAACGCUUGGAGCAAUUGAAAUUAUCCGAAGGCGUUCAUGGACAUGUCUAUGAACAAGUAAAACAUGGUUGGUUUGUCUCGCCUCAAUUUCUUUUCUAUGACCUUAUGCGUGAAGUUAUACGUGGAACAUAUACAUCUCUGAUAUUUUCUAUGUUGUUCGCCUUUGUUGUACUUCUUCUCACUUCCGGAAAUAUUGUUAUCACUCUUUAUGCAAUUUUAACAAUUAUUUUCAUCAUUGCUGAUACAGUGGGAAUAUUUGUAUUAUGCGGAUGGGAACUAAGUAUUUUGGAGACAAUUAUUAUCAUCAUGAGCGUCGGUCUGAGUGUGGAUUUCACUGUACAUUAUGGUGUGGCUUAUAUCAAAGCCGAUUGGAAACGGAAUCAAGCACAAGCACAUAGUCGACGAACAUCGAAUGCCUUGAAACUUCUUCAUUUAACGAAUGGAGACAAUCUAAAUGAACAGUCUUUGUUAGAGCAAGUCUCGAAUCCGAAAGUACAUUCGAAAAAGUCGUCAGUAUUCACUCGUAUUAAAACAUGGCACCGACGAGGUAAUCUGCAACGGUUCCGUCGAAUCAAAAACAGUCUUAUUCGCGUUGGUUCAGCAGUUUUCAUUGCUGGUCUAACAUCUUUUCUCGCCGGUGUAUCCAUGGCGCCCAGCAAAUUGACAUCUUUCUCCCAAAUGGGCUAUUUUCUAAUGUUAAUUAUGUUUGUUAGUUGGUUAUAUGCUACAUGGUUCUUUCUUCCAUUACUUUCCUUUCUUGGACCAAUUGAUAAAUUUGGUGAUAUACCAUUCGGUAGAUUAUUUCGUUGUGGUAAAACGUCAUCAUUACCUGUCGUACAAACAGUGACAACCGAUGCCAAUGACCAACAGGAAACAAGGGAAAAGUUCAAUGAAGAACAGACAGUUUAG